UUUCCCUUCUAUCGGUUUUGGGAGCCACUCUGAGAGGUAUCCCGUUUCUCCAGAGCAUUUCGUUGGUUUCGCUGCACGUGCAGCUUUUGUUACCCUAUGGUGUCCGCUUCGGCCCCACCCGCGGCCCUGAGCGCCGAGCAAGCCAAGGUGGUCCUGGCAGAGGUAAUCCAGGCGUUCUCGGCCCCAGAGAACGCCGUGCGCAUGGACGAGGCUUGGGACAACGCGUGCAACCACAUGGAAAUGCUGCAAUUCGUGCUGCCCGUGGCCACGCAGAUUCAGCAGGAGGUUAUCAAGGCUUAUGGCUUCAGCUGCGACGGGGAAGGUGUCCUAAAGUUUGCCCGCUUGGUCAAGUCUUACGAAGCCCAGGAUCCCGAGAUUGCUAGCUUGUCCGGCAAGCUGAAGGCACUGUUCCUGCCCCCCAUGACAUUGCCUCCCCACGGGCCUGCUUCUGGCGGCAGUGUGGCUGCCUCCUGAGGGUCGGCCCUCCCGCGCAGGGAAGACCUUAAUGUUCCACAGGAUAAUAAACGUGCCUGUGACUUAAAAAAAAAAAAAAAAA